GAAGCUAUAGGAAUGAUCUAAAUCACAAUUCUUACAGCGAAUUUAGUGCAGAUACAGAACUUUCUGUGGAACUCUUUUGAUAUUGCCUUUUUGGACUGCACACACGCUAAGAAUUUAAAUACAGUAAGAUACUCGGUACUCGAGUGAUGAUUGUUGUGAUUGUUAGGCUUUCGCCAAGCACCGAGUGAGAGUGAGUGUGGGGAAUUGAAUUGACCGGUCGGUCAGCUAGCCUGAGCUCUUGUCGUCACAAUCGGAUUCUUAUUUUUUUCGACUUUCUGCCAUUUUAUGGCCGCAGACACAAAAAAUAAGAAAGUUGAAGAUACCUCGAGGAAAUAUUACCUGUGCCUGUCUAUUUUCUGCGCCUCAAUCAUAUCAUUUAGUCUAUCCACUUUGUACUCAAUAUGGCGCAACCCUUACCAAAACCCCCCACAUCGCCUAAGACCCCCUUGGAUUCCCUCCAAGCUAUGCUCAAUGGCAUUGUAUGUACACCGGUGUCUCCGUAUGAGAAGAUGGCUAACUUGGUAAAGCUCAUAGAAACCGGAAGGGCAUUGAAAGCCUCGCAUAAGGAUGGCAGGCGAACGCAAGCUCACAACAUUGACCGCCCCCAAGUAACGAUUCCCAAAGCCCUAGAAACAUUCCAUGGUGUUCUGGAUGAUAUAGAAAUGGACAUUGUAAGGCGGGUGAUUGGUGUAGUGUUGGAUUGUGUUGACUGGAUUACAGGUUCGAUCCAAGGCAAUUCUGUUGCGCGACCUUGAAGUCUUGCGCGCAAAACGGAUCGCAAAGGAAACACCAGCUCCAGCACCCGCUCCUGUAGUUCAAAAACUCCCCGAGACCAUCAUUCCACCAAAGUCGGCAGAACCACAACUUCCCAUGGCCCCAGUCGUAGAUAUGGUCAAGAAAAUCCCUCAGCCUGGAAAGAGCCCAGUAGCUAAGCAGGAGGUUAUCCCGAAACCUCCAGAGAAAUCAGCGGCUGGAAUCAAGCCGCCACAGGCCAAAGCAGAGCCACCAACCAAAGAAACCACCAAAAGUCCCGAACAAAUUCCAAAGAAACUUCAGGCUCUAUCUCCUCCACCAUCUUCGAAUGAGAACACACAAAACUCGAAACCAGUCGGCCUUGGGAUAAAUACAGAUGCGAAGCCGGCCCCUGAUGAACCAAGAACUUCCGAGCCACAAAAUUCGGGAGUUGAUUCACUAUUCGAUGAUAUUCCUGAAGCUGGGAAUGGUAAUGUUGAUUUGAAUUUCGAUGACAUGGACUUUUCAUAUGGUGCGAACACCCAGACCACCGACCAACCACAAACACAAAACAGUGAAUUUGAUCUUUCUACAUUUGGGAAUACUUCACAAAAUCUAUCAACCAACAAUUCAAAUUCCGCUACGGCUGGUCAGUCUGGGAACAAUAAUGCGAAUUCUGGCGAAAACAAGCAGUCAGAUGAGAUCCUUGCCAUAGGUGAUCUUGGUGACCUUGGGGACAUAGGAGGUGGCGACAGUAUGGACCUAGACUUGAACUUAGACAUGUUUGGAGCCGAGGAUAGUGUUUUCGACGAUAUGUUUGUCGAUGGAGUAGGCUUGAGUGGUGGUGGUGCUGGUGCAGGAGAAAAUACUUAUGACGAUGCUUUCUUUGGACUUAAUGAUUGAGUGCCGGGGUCAUGAUUUCGGUUGGGCCAAAAUCAUCAGCCUCCUUCUCUAUCACAUUUUUGGAUCGCUAGCUCCCAACGGAGUUUCCUAUUUCAACGAAACGUGUGGCAGUGAUUCACAUCUGCUUAGUUGACAAAGCGCGUCGCUACCACCCAGCACACAACUCGAUUCACAACUUGCAUGUGGCUAUUUAGGGCUACUCCUCUGAGACGAUUUUGUUUUGCUCAUCGUUCUCUUACCCUUGUGCUUUGAACUGAAUAAAACUAAGCAAUUUUUAAGGAACAUUGCGAAUCAGAUCCUCAAAAAGGUCAUGCCUUUUGAAUCACAAUCUUCAAAGAUCCCAUCUGGUAUUUAUAAACCUCCCAUAUUUCUAUCACAGAUCUGAUAAACAAAGAUUCCGAUACCUUAUCUAAUAUGUCAACCGCCUCAAUCGAUCCAUUUUGCUGCCUCGAGGUAAUACCAACAUCUUUCCUGCAUCUGGCAACGCUCCUCCCUUCGUCAACAACGCAAUAUGUUCUUCAAAACCCACCAUCUUCAGCACCUCUGGUCACGUCGUUUUUGUCCAGUGUUUUGACGAGAUCAGUCGAAGCUGCACAGUCCCACAAACCCCUGUUCUUCGUCAUCCUACAAGUGAAAGCACUGCCACCUCACGAGCCAUUGUCACCUAUCAGUAACUCGAAUGAACCGAUUUAUCAAUACUUUGUGCCGACUGAGAAGAAAGGUCAAGAAACAAUCUUGGCCGCGAAAACCUAUGUAAAGGGACGAGGUUGGCGAGAGAUUCUAAAAAAAGAUGCACAAGCUUGUCUGGCAUUUCUCAACAAUGGGGCCACCGUUGGAGAAGGAAGAGUUUGGAAGCAACUGCCAGGAGUAGAGAAGUUUUGGUGUGAACAACAUCAUCGUUUCUACGAGAUGACGUGUUGGUUCCAGGAGUCUCCUUGAUAUUGCUGGUAAGAGGGCAUGUUGGGCAUCGGAUUUGAGAUGAACCAGGAUGGUGAUGAUUUCAGGAUAUCAUCUUGGAUUCAUAUAGCCAUACAUACAUGCAGAGGGGUUUGGACUAGUAGCUCGUGCCUUCCUACAGUAGCAUGUAGAGCUCUUCAAGAGAGACGAUAAUAUGAUACCAUUACUAU